GAAAAAUUGCACGGGACGCGGGGAGCUCAUGGUCUUCAAGGUCGGUGGUCGGCUGGCUGGGGUGAAGUGUCGGUACAAGUACCAGGGUGUCGAGACUUGCUGGUGGAGUCCUAGAUUUUGGAUUUUCCAUCCCCUAUCGAAGUGGCAAAAAAACCACAUCCUGUUUUGAGUCCUGAAAGGCAGAGAUACCACCGGCUCUCAGUCCCUGGUUUUUGGCUCCAUGUUUUUAUCCUUAACUUUUUUUCCUUCUUUGGUAUAUAUUGACGCCAACGCGAUCCUUCUUCAACAUCGGUUGAUCCACCAUCAUCCCCUGUUCCCUUCCUUCUUCCCUUCUGUUUCUCCUCCCUCAGUUGAAAUAUUUAAAAAUCCCCUCCUUUUUUCCUUUGCUGGGAAGCCUUUAAAAAGAUGAGGAGUUGCAUUCCUGGGGAGUGAUUAUCUCUGUACAUCUCUCUCUCUCUCUCUCUCUCUCUCUCUCUUCCUGGGAUUGAAGUGGACGCCAUGAUGUGGCCAUAGUAAAUGGAGAAUCUCAAUCCCAUCCGCCUGCCAUGACGAAUGCGUAGGUGAAGCCGACUUUGCCGUGGAUGGUCGAUUUGUCCGAAGCGAAUUGCAGAGAAAGUCGUCUCCUUUUCAGCUCCUUCGGCUUCUCCGGCAUCUGGAUCGGAUGCUUCUCAAUUUGCAUCUCUUUUAUGAUGUUGAUCUAGCUGAGGAUGCCCGCAUUCAGUGAUCUAGGAACUAAUAUGGGCCGUUCCAGUGGUUGUGCCAAAAGUCAAUCGACUGUGCAUCCUGCUGAUUGUGAUGCCUCAGUACUGAUCGCCAUUUUGGCCGGAUUGUAGACAGUUUUUUACUCGAAGAUUAAGGCAUUGUGUGUUUUCAAUGAGUUCACCGUCUUCUCAAUGCUUCAUUUGUUGGUCAUAUCGCUUUACAAGAUUUGUUCUUUCGGAGCAAAUAUAUUCAGCUGACAAACUGCACCUUCUUAUGAAUCUUACCUGUUGAUGUGUGAAAACUCAAGUUACUUUAACAGUUGGUCGUCCAAAUUUAUUUUGGUGGACUCCGGAAUUUACUCUUAAAUCCUUAUCCUCCCGAUCGAGAAUCUGCAAAUGAAAAUCCUAUCCAAAUUACGAUGCAUCACUGUAGAUGUCACUGGCACACUCAUGGCCUACAAAGGGGAGCUUGGUGACUAUUACUGCAUGGCUGCCAAAUCAGUCGGUCUUCCAUGUCCCGACUAUAAACGUGUCCAUGAGGGCUUUAAACUUGCAUAUACAGAAAUGGCAAAAAAAUAUCCAUGCUUCGGAUAUGCUGCCAAAAUGCCAAACAUUGUAUGGUGGAAAACUUGCGUGAGAAAUUCAUUUGUCCAGGCAGGUUAUGAGUUUGAUGAAGAGACAUUUGAGAAGAUAUUUAAACGCAUAUAUGCAUCUUUUGGUUCAGCUGCACCUUACACCGUCUUUCCAGACUCCCAACCAUUCUUGAGGUGGCUGCGUCAGCAAGGCCUUAAAGUUGGAAUUGUGAGCAAUGCAGAGUACCGGUACAAGGAUGUGAUUCUUCCAGCCUUGGGAUUGAACCAGGGGUCCGAGUGGGACUUUGGUGUAUUCUCAGGGCUAGAGGGUGUGGAGAAACCAGACCCUAGAAUUUAUGAGAUUGCCCUUGAGAGGGCUGGAAAUAUUGCACCAGAAGAAGUGCUGCACAUAGGAGACAGCAUGCGCAAAGACUAUGUGCCGGCAAAGAGCGUGGGAAUGCAUGCAUUGUUGUUAGACAGGUUCAAGACGUCUGAUGCCGAGGAAUGGAGGAAAUCCGGUGCAGUUGUGCUUCCUGACCUGGUGGCUGCACAAGAUUGGUUGUCCAGGGAUGAGCAAGUUCCAUCGUAGUUUCCUCCUAUUCUUUGCAAAGAGACUCUUGUUGUUUAAAUAUCCAUCUCUGUUACUGGUAUUUGGCAGGAGGUGCCAUCCCUAAAUUCUUUGUCACCUUCUGCAGCUUACGGUCUCAAGGAACAAUUUAUUGAGCUUGAUUUCGAUGAACCUUGUGUAACAGAGGAAAUUACAUGAGAUUCCAUUCUGGCCAUUUUCUUUUUU